CGAACUCCGAAGUCCGAAGUCGCCCGAAGCUCGUCGAGGCGCGCGUGGUGUUUCAGAGCUAACCUCAAAUUCAGUGGUCCGCGCAAUACUGUGGUUCGCGUUCUGUGUUCUAAACUGUUGUGAUUUGGAAUGCGCGAAAACGGAAAAGUAUGUCGAGAAUAGUCGAAUCCUUGAAGGAGCUGAACGUCAAGAACGACAUGGGGGCACAUGGACGAGACAAUGAGAGAGCCGACAGGAAGAUCGAGCUGAAGCUGUCGUUGGAGGAAAGAGUGUCGCCCGACGAGAAUUACAUCCUCUCCGUCUGUGGAACUCAAAGUGAGCAAGAAUUCAGGAUUGCAACAGCAGUGUCAGACGAUUCAUGCGUGAUAUAUUCUGUCGGUGAGUCCUUGAGACGAACGACUACCUUGGAUCAUAAUCAAGCGCCCAUCGUGGGAGUUAAGUUCAGUUCUACUUCAAAAAAUAUAUUGUAUAUUGCAACUAAUAAUGGAUUAAUCACUGCGUGUGAUUUGCGUGCGAAGGGAAAGGUUGUGGCAGAGUUUAAAGAUAAUACAGAGGAUGGCAAAACGAAGCCUUUGGCUAGCUUUGACCUCAGCUGCGACGAGAGGCUCAUGGCCGGUGGGACGGAACACACGAGUGGAGAUGCGUUUAUCCUGUUUUGGGACAUAAGACAAAGUAGUUCAAAAACAGAUAAAAACAAUCUCCUCGGGGGAUAUUGGGAAUCUCACAUGGAUGACGUCACCUGUCUGACCUUUCAUCCCGACAAGCGGAAUGUUUUGGCGUCGGGUAGUACGGAUGGUCUGAUGAAUAUAUUCGACCUGACUCAAUCCUCAGAAGAUUUGGCUUUAACAAGCUCUUUAAACACCGAAUCAUCAGUGGAUAGGCUGGGUUGGUUAACUGAUGAUUCUCUAUGGUGUACAACGCAUAUACACACGCUACAGUUAUGGGAAUGCGAAGGUGCUAGUGCAUAUGCGUCGUUUGCGCGUAGUGAUUUAGCCGUGUCACAGACUGAUGAUCCUGAUAAUUGUUACUUGGUGAGAUUCCAUGCUACAAAGGCAUUUGAACCAUUCCUGUUGGCGGGUUCUAGCACAGCCAAAGGGGAAAAUCUAAGAUGCUUGAGCGUUAGGAAGAAUCGUUUAGAACCGUGUUACAAUCUUGUAGGGAAUAAACAAAUAGUACGGGACAGCUGGGUGCAUGAAAAGAGUGGUUGCUUGGUGACGGUCGGCGAGAAAGGCAUCGUCAACGUGUGGCGACAAGCGGAAUCGUCGACACAGCAAAGUUCGAGUCAUAAGUUGUUAACUAAAAUUGGAACUGGCCGACAUCACAGAAAUAAACCCUAUUAAAUAAAAAAUGAACAUUUAGGAAAAA